AUGGACGAAAUGAACGAAAUGGUACUAAAUGGGUUAAGGGAGGGUCAACAUGGCACUCCAAUGCCGCAAAACACUGUGUUCGUUUGGGUAUUGCGCGGGAACGCGACCAAUUUACAAAGACAGCCCAAAUCUAUAACCACCUUACACUGUGACAUGCAACUAACCGCGCUGGUGAACAAGUUCUGGGAACUCGAAGAGUUACGUCCGAGAAAGUAUUACACUCCCGAAGAACUCACCUGUGAACAACAUUUCGACGACACUACCAAGCGAGCUAACGAUGGUCGAUAUAUCGUGCGCUUACCACUGAAGAAAUCCGUACCGAUAGGUGAAUCUAGAAGUACUGCGGUGCGAGCAUUACUCCGAAUGGAGAAGAGGUAUGCUGCUGACAAACACCUCUAUCAAGAAUAUUGUAAGUUCAUGGAAGAACUUGUUGACUUAGGCCAAAUGGAGCUAGCUGGUGCCGUUACAGACGACACGUAG